CGCCCUUGGUUUAACUCGUUUUUCUCUACGGAAAAUUUCAUCUCGUUUUAAAGCGUUAGUUUGCUUAGCGGCUUUUAUUUUGUUAACAGGAAACGCGUGUGCAUCACUAACUCUAACCUGACGCCUGUCCGCUCGACUCGUGAGUCUUUUCCUUACAAUCAUCCGCGCUCAGGAGUCCGGACGGGAGACAUGGGACUGAUGAUUGUCCGAGGUGGGGGCGCCCCAAACAACUUCACUCGAGGAACGGAGGUCCUCUCAUCACAAAGUUGAGAUCUUUUCAAAAGAGCUACAUGAUAAGAGCUUUUGGGAUACCUUGGGCAAAGUGCCACACCUCGUAGCGCAGCAGCUCCUCCGUGUCUCUCAGCUGGCCAAAUGGGUUGUCGAUGCUGCCGGAUGGUGAAAAGCUACGUGUCUGAGCCCUCCGAGGAGGUGGACGUCAGCAAAAUUGACGCCCUCUACCGGACGCACAACCUCUCCGCCGGGGAACACUCGCAAAGAGAGGACAAGGAGGGCUUCCACAACCUAGCUUACAGCAUUUCUGGCGAUAGUAGCCUCAGACUGGAGGUGGACAACAAUCACGUCAAUUACAAAAUGCACCUUCCUCCGCCCGUCCACCAGCCGCACCAGUGGGCGAGCGCGCCCCCGGUAGAAGACGGACUCUACAUAAUCCAACCGGACGUUCUGGGGCCGCAAUGGGUCAUGCAUGACAAACGGCACAGCCAGGUGCCGGUGUACCCCACAUCGGAGGGCUUCGACCGCCCCGGACUCUGGGAAAGCCCGGUCGACGUGACUGCGAACGACAACCUGUCGGCGGACGAGGUGGACGAAGGCGUAGGGGGGACGCCGGAGUACCCGUGCGACACCGGGGACGAGGAGAGCGUCUUGUCGGCGGACAUCCGGACCAGCACCGCCAGCUUGUGGUCGGCCGACACUACUGAUGAGCGCGGAUCCAAGGGGGCCGACGUGUCCACGGUAGAGAGCGGCAUCGGGGUUACCAAGAGCGAGGACGAGGAGGACGAGCCGAGGAAGGAGGCGGACGAGGUCGGGAGCGUCACAGACUCCAUGGUGGCCGAGGCCCUCAACGCCCUGGAGGCCGCCACAGCCGGAGAGGAUGAGGAAUGACAAACUGUUUACAAGGGCUCGCAGUCAGAGACAUCUACAAAUGGAGAGAGUCUGGCACUGUUCCUUCUCUCCCAAGGAGUGGCCGUUCACCAAAGAUGAGGCCAAGACUUCAGCGCAGAAUACUCAGAGAGGUAAAAAAAGAACCCUAGAGUGUCUGCUAAAGACUUACAGAAAUCGCUGGCACAGUCCAAUAUCUCUGUGCACACAUCAACUAUAUGUAAAACUAUGCCAAGAAUGGUGUUCAUGGGAGGACUCCACGGAAGAAGCCACUGCUGUCAAAAAAAAAAAACAUUCGUGCUCGUUUAAUGUUCGCAAAAAUGCA